AUGGAUAAUGCUGGCUGGCUGAAUACAAAGGUACAAGAACAUUUCGAGUCAGAUACCAUUCUACCCCCAGCUCCCUGCAGCGGAAGUUUUACAUCUGUUCUCCGCGAUGAUGAUGAGAAAAAACCUUCAUUUAGGGUGGCGAUCAAGGAAAGAAAAAUGGGCAUUCUAGACGGGCAUCGUUCUUCAGCAAGCAAGCCUUUUAUGAUGUUUCGCUAG